GCAAUGCUUUCCACCCCGCUGGCCAGAGCAUGGUUCAGUCGACAUGACGAUGGGGCCACUGGCCCCGAUCGUUGGCGCAAGCUUGACCUUUAUCGUCGAAUGCAAACCACCAUACCGCCUGGAGGUCCCUGAGGAAAUUCACUGUGAACGCGGUCAAUGGUCCGGACCCAUACCUGAGUGUAAACUGCCACCUGCCGGGUCGAAUCUGUGCGUGUUACCCAAAUACCCGCACGAAGGGUCGUACUCUGUGUCAGGAAGGCCGGACGCUCGCCCCGGAAUGACGUUUGACGAAGUGACGGUGACCGUGACCUGUAAAGCGCCGUACAGUCGGGUUGGACCCGGGGAGCUGCAAUGCUAUUUCGGCCAUUGGUCCGCAAAUAGAUUGAGCUAUUGCAGGUAUUUCUGCGAAAAUCCAAGGCACCCUAGCGUCACAUAUUACUGCGGGGACAACUAUGACCAGGAAUGCGGCGAUUUAGUGCCAAGUGGUGAAAGUGCUCGACUGAAAUGCAACGACAAUUACCAUCCUUCAUACCAGCUUCAGAGUGUGAAAUGUUUCGAUAAUGGCUGGUCCUUAAUUCAGACCUGCGAACCUGACGUCGUUAUACCGGAACCUGACGUCGUUAUACCGGAACCUGACAUCCCUGUUUCAAAAGAGGAUGGUAUUUUGGACAACAGUACGCCAGCUGCUAUCCCCAACUCGACUCCAAUCCCAGAUGUAUCUACAACACCGAAAAAUCUCUGCGUGCUGCCCGAAAACCCAGACUACGGGACGUACUCAGUAGCAGGAAGGCCGGACGCACAACCUUGGAUGACAUUUGACAAUAUCACGAUGGUCGUGUCGUGUGACACGCCGAUGCGUCCGAACGGUCCGGUGGAGAUGCGUUGCUCUGAUGGCGAUUGGUCUAUGGACGAGUUUACAUCCUGUUCGAAUUUCUGCGAAGUGCCACGUCAUCCCAGCGUCACUUACUACUGCGGGGACAUGGACAGACAUAACGUAAAAUGCGAUGAUUUCGUUAUAAGUGGUACCACAGUUUACCCAAAAUGCAACGAUUUUUAUUACAGCACCACUGGAAUGAGGCAACGCAUGACGUGUAACAACGGAAAUUGGAACUUUGUUGAAACGUGCGAUAUAGACUAUAAUGUUUCGCUAGACGGCAAUAAUAUUACUGUGCGUUUAGGUGACAAAAUAUACUUAUACUUGUCUGGAUCUGAGUAUUCUUUGGCAGUGGAUAUAAAUUCAGAAACUUUUAUAAAUGAAACUAUGCCUGAACCUAAACCCAAGAUACCUAACUAUGACUAUUGGGGCUAAAUCUUUUAGGAAUUUCCCCUUUUAUCCUUCCUACAUUCCUUUAAUUUUCCUUUCUUCAUUUCGUCUUUCUUUGUUUUUAAUGUCAUUUAUC